GUAACGCUCUAGUGAUUUUGCAACCAAUUUUAGCACUCUGGGUAGAUCGACUUGCUUGCAGCAGGUUCACGGGUAGCUCGAGAACUAGGGUGUGGCGUGUAGGUACAGCAAUACAUACAGAAAUAUACAAUAAACCAAGAUGGCAAGAGACAAAGAAGCUUUAUUCAACGAGAAACCUGGACGUCGCCGUAAUAUGGAGAAGUUUUGCCUGGCUCUUAUAAUUUUGGCAGCGAUAGGUUUAAUCAUUGGUCUCAUUGCAUAUCUAGCAUCAAAUUCUCCACGUAAUACAAGCAAUUACGUCAUGGUAGAGCCAAACUACCCAUCAAGUUCUAGCUAUGCCAUUAAUAAUGGGGAAAAGUGGGUCAAAGACUACCAGAUAACUUCAAUGGGAAUGAUGAACAAUGAGAAUGCUGAUGCAUUUUUGGCCCUCAGACUGGGGCUGAUGUCAAAAUACAGGCCAGGAGGUUGUGAUUUCAACGUCCUCUCCAGAGGUGUGGAGUAUGAUCUACUCUCUACAUUGAUGAGGAAUAGGAACCUUGAUGGUAUUCCUUGGGUCCGAUCCAUGCUGGCCAAGUAUAUCAUUGCAUUAGAAGCAGCCUGUGUGGACCCAACACGCUUCUAUGGAAAUGACCUGCUGGGACUUUUAGACACUAAUUUCCGAAAUUUUACAACUUAUUAUAAAGCCAAUCCAAAUGACUUUGCUACACUGUUGUUGGCCAAAUGCGUAUCUGGAGUUGAGCUUACACCUGAGCAAAACACGGUCAUUAUGCAGAAUAUCAGUUCCUUCAGAUCAGUGGAGGAUGCCAGCCUGGCCCUUCUUGCAUUAUCUUGCAUUAAUUCUUCAACUCACUACUCCACAAUAAUGAAGGCAGAGACCUACCUGAUGUCUCAUUUUGUCAAUGACAGCUUUCGAGACACAUACCAAACUGGGCUUGCUAUUCAGGCAUUGACCAGAUCAAACACGACAGAAGCUGCAGAUGCCAUCGAAAAAGCCCAGCUGUUUUUGGCAAAGGAGAUCCAAAUCAAAAGAAUGGGGAGGUUUUUGACUGUUGGAGAAGCAUCCAAUGUCCUACCUGCCCUUGCUGGGAUGUCUUGGGCUGAUGUCAAGGGGAAAUGUCCAACAAAGAGAAUUGUCCCCACUGAUCCUAAUGCUGGAAAUAUUCAAGUAAAUAUUGAGGUUGGUGAAUCAGGCCAAAUAUUCAAUGGCUCUGCUACUAUCAAGAAAGGCAAGACUCUCCUCGAUGUUCUCCAGACACUCCAAAAAAACUCGACUUUCACGUUCAUGUCUGUUAAGACUGCAUACGGCUACAUUCUUACCAGCGUGAUGGGUCAAACAAUGGACUUGAAGUCUGGACAGAAUUGGAAUGUAAUUUUAAAAGGGAUUCCAUUAAACCCUCAAAGCAUGUAUUUGGACAGAAUCAUUCCCGAAGAUGCACAUUCGUACACUUUAAGACUGCACGUCUAAGAUUGACGGGUCAUUUCAGUUUUAAAGAGGUUGCCAUAAUAGACCCCAAAAACUUUCAAACCAUAUAGAUCACCUCCGUUUACAAGAAAUUUUAUCAUUUUACAUAUCUAUACAAGUUUGCAUCUACUAGAACUACAGGAUUGUUCUUUCAUAAGUGCCAUUUUAAUAUAAAUAGAUUUUUUCGUGUAUCACUUUUUUAUUCAUUUUAAUGUAACACAAAAAAAUGUCUUUUAUCAAGUUCAAUAUUUUAUAUUCUUGUCAAACAUAUACCCGGUAAUUAUUUUUCAAAACCUUGAUUAUGAUUGCAACUUAUUCUUAUAUUAUUAGCAAAUUCUUAUUGGCUGUACUUUUAUUUGUACAUAUAUAAUUAGAAUACUGUGGAAAAUUUUAUAUGCUGUUUUUAAAAUAUGCUAAUGAG